CAGAGUGCUGGGCUGUGACACUGAGAGCACUGGGCUGGGGCACUGGGGCCAAUGGGAGGACUGGGCUGGGGUGCUGGUGGUGCUGGGAGUACCUGGAUGGCUCAGACUGGGAACGCUGGGACAGCAGGAACUGAGGGCGCUGGGCUCGGGCACUGAGAGCUCUGAGGAUAUGGAGACAGCUUGGACUGGGGCCAUUGGGGGUGAUGGGAGCACUGGGACUGGCGGCACUGGAGGUCCACGUAUGGCUGGACUGGGAGCACUGGGAGUGCCAGGGACAGCUCGCACUGGGGAUGCUGGGACAGCUUGGACUGCGGAUAUUGGGAAUGAUGGGAGCACUGGGACUGGGAGCAGUGGAGGUCCAGAAGUACCGGUACCAAGAUGAGGACAGCCCCCCCCUGGAGCAGAGCCCCGCCCACCUGCCCAGCCAGGCGAACUCGCCCCCCGUCAUCGUCAACACCGACACGCUGGAGGCCCCAGCCUACGUGAACGGCACCGAGGGCGAGAUGGAGUACGAGGAGAUCACGCUGGAGCGGGGCAACUCGGGGCUGGGCUUCAGCAUCGCCGGCGGCACCGACAACCCCCACGUGGGCGACGACCCCAGCAUCUUCAUCACCAAGAUCAUCCCCGGCGGUGCCGCCGCCCAGGACGGCCGGCUCAGGGUCAACGACAGCAUCCUGUUCGUGAACGACGUGGACGUGCGGGAGGUGACGCACAGCACCGCCGUGGAGGCCCUCAAGGAGGCCGGCGCCAUCGUCCGCCUCUACGUCAUGCGCCGCAAGGCCCUGGCCGAGAAGGUCGUCGAGGUGAAGCUCAUCAAGGGCCCCAAAGGGCUGGGGUUCAGCAUCGCCGGCGGCGUGGGCAACCAGCACAUCCCGGGGGACAACAGCAUCUACGUGACCAAGGUCAUCGAGGGCGGCGCCGCGCACAAGGACGGGCGCCUGCAGAUCGGCGACAAGAUCCUGGCCGUGAACAACGUGAGCCUGGAGGACGUGAUGCACGAGGACGCGGUGGCGGCGCUGAAGAACACCUACGACGUCGUCUACCUGCGGGUGGCCAAGCCGGCCGGCGUCUUCCUCGGCGAGGCCUACGCGCCCCCCGACAUCACCAGCUCCUACUCGCAGCACCUGGACAGUGAGCUGGGCCCCCAGGGCUACCUGGGCCCCGAGUUCCCCCCGGCCAUGACGCCCACGUCCCCCCGCCGCUACUCGCCCGGCCCCAAGGACCUGCUGGCCGAAGAUGAUGUGCCCAGGGAGCCACGGCGCAUCGUGAUCCACCGGGGCUCGACGGGGCUCGGCUUCAACAUCGUGGGGGGGGAGGACGGCGAAGGCAUCUUCAUCUCCUUCAUCCUGGCGGGGGGCCCAGCCGACCUCAGCGGGGAGCUGCGCAAGGGCGACCAGAUCCUCUCGGUGAACGGCGUGGACCUGCGCAGCGCCACGCACGAGCAGGCGGCCGUGGCCCUCAAGAACGCCGGCCAGACCGUCACCAUCAUCGCCCAGUACAAGCCCGAGGAGUACAGCCGCUUCGAGGCCAAGAUCCACGACCUGCGGGAGCAGCUGCUGAGCAGCAGCCUGGGCUCGGGCACCGCCUCGCUGCGCAGCAACCCCAAGCGCGGCUUCUACAUCCGGGCGCUCUUCGACUACGACAAGACCAAGGACUGCGGCUUCCUGAGCCAGGCGCUGAGCUUCCGCUUCGGCGACGUGCUGCACGUGCUCGACGCCUCCGACGAGGAGUGGUGGCAGGCGCGGCACGUGCUGCCCGACGGGCAGGCCCACGACGUCGGCUUCGUGCCCAGCAAGCGCCGGGUGGAGCGCCGGGAGUGGACGCGGCUGAAGGCCAAGGACCGGGUGCCCGGAUCGGGCUCGCAAGGGCGGGAGGACGCGGUGCUGAGCUACGAGACGGUGACGCAGAUGGAAGUGCACUACGCCCGGCCCAUCAUCAUCCUGGGCCCCACCAAGGACCGCGUCAACGACGACCUGCUCUCCGAGUUCCCCGACAAGUUCGGGUCCUGCGUCCCCCACACCACGCGGCCCAAGCGGGAGUACGAGGUGGACGGGCGCGACUACCACUUCGUGGCGUCGCGGGAGAAGAUGGAGAAGGACAUCCAGGGCCACAAGUUCAUCGAGGCCGGGCAGUACAACAGCCACCUGUACGGCACCAGCGUGCAGUCCGUGCGCGAGGUGGCCGAGCAGGGCAAGCACUGCAUCCUGGACGUGUCGGCCAACGCGGUGCGGCGGCUCCAGGCUGCCCAGCUCCACCCCAUCGCCAUCUUCAUCCGCCCCAAGUCGCUGGAGAACGUGCUGGAGAUCAGCAAGCGGGUGACGGAGGAGCAGGCGCGCAAGGCCUUCGACCGGGCCACCAAGCUGGAGCAGGAGUUCACCGAGUGCUUCUCGGCCAUGGUGGAGGGCGACAGCUUCGAGGAGAUCUACCACAAGGUGAAGCGGGUCAUCGAGGAGCUCUCGGGCCCCUACAUCUGGGUGCCGGCCCGCGAGAGACUCUAGGGGCGGGGGGCGCCCAUCGCCCCGCAGCACCGCUGGACCCCCCGGCGCAGCUGGAGACCCCUGCAGCGCCGUUGGACCCCCCGGGGCACCGCCGGACCCCCAGCGCAGCCUGAGACCCCUGCAGCGCCGCUGGACCCCCCGGGGCACUGCUGGACCCCCAGCGCAGCCAGAGACCCCCGCAGUGCCGCCAGACCCCCCAACAUGGCUGGGCCCCCCAGCGUGGCCAGGGCCCCCUGGGGCACCACCGGGUCCCCUAGCACAGCCAGACCCCCAGCGCAGCUGGAGAUCCCCGCCAGCGGGCCAGAGCCCCCCCCCCAGCGCAGCCGGAGCCCCCUGGACCCCCCUCCCCAGCGGCGGCAGGGCUGGGUCAGGGCCCCCCCGGCCGGCGCGUGUGGGACCUUCCUGGCCACGGUGGGGGGCUCGAGGGGGGGUAAAGCAGCCCCCCGGCGCGUGGUGCAGAGGGUCGGGACCCCCCCUGCUUCGGGGGGGUGAGGAGCCCCCGACCCGCCCCCCGGCCCAACAGGGGCCCCGGCGUCCGGGCCGGGGCUGGGGGGGGCCCGGCUGUCGCCUUUGGACUUGAGUUUUUGUACAUAUAAUCUCUAUAUUUGUACGCGCGCGGGCGGAGGGCGUGCGGCGCGGCCCGGCUCGGCGCG